CACGCACCCCAGUCAUUGUGUUUCUCACGCGUUUCUCGAUCUACCACCCUCCUAACCGCUCUCCUAACCGAUUUAAGAGGUGAAGUUCAAGCUCGCUCGAGAAAAGUACACCCCCGAGUUCUCGUUUCCGAUCUCGAAGAUGGUCAAUUCACGAUUUAUCGGAUCGGCGUUUAUUCUUGCUGCAGUCACCUGCAUUUUUGCGGUACCGAUUCAAAAUGGGGGCAGCGCAAUGGAAAUCCAAUUGACGCAAGGGUUCAAAAGCGCAAUUUAGAUCAGAUCGGAGGAGGCAAUUUGCUACGAUCACUGCAAGAACAAAAUUUACCUUAUCAUGUACGGAAUUUGGAUCCGAUCACCUGGGAUCAUCUUCUUCGCUCUCAUUUGAGCUCUUACCAGCAACAAAACCAGGAACUUCAGAGCCCUCGAGACGAUUCACAUGCGGGUCAUCUGAGACAGCCCUCUCGCUUGGUAUUUGAACGAGAUUCUGAUCUUCGCAGAAAAUCUGGAUGGCCAAACACCGUCAACGGGGUGGAAAUAUAUGAGGGAGCAUUGAAACGCAACAUGGACGAGAUUGAUCGUACAGGAUUUGACAACUUUGUGAAGCGCAAUUUUGAUGAAAUAGAUCGCUCUGGAUGGGACAGUUUCGUGAAAAGACGCAUCGCAAACGCUUAUUUUUCCGGCAGACAACAUUAA